UCCUCGUCGCUCCCGGCUCCCGCCUUCUGCCUCGCGCCCGCUCGCUUCUCCUUCUCCUUCCGCCUUUGUUGUGCGCGUGCGUCUUUCGCGCGCCUGACUUUGGACAGAAGCCGCCUCAGGUUGGACUUGGACUGGCUGCCAUCUUAGGCGAGGAGCCGUCGCCUUUCUAGCUGGUUCAUGUACCUUCCUGUGGUAUGGCUGGCAAUGGGUCAAAUUCAGAGCCUAUCAGUGGACUAACUAUGAAAUCACAGCUUCAGAUCACUGUUAUUUCUGCGAAGUUGAAAGAAAACAAAAACAAAUGGUUUGGACCCAGCCCUUACGUGGAAGUCUCAGUUGAUGGACAGUCAAAGAAAACAGAAAAGUGCAACAAUACUAAUAGUCCAAAAUGGAAACAACAUCUUACCGUAAUUGUCUCACCUGUCAGCAACCUGUGCUUCCGUGUAUGGAGUCACCAAACGUUGAAAUCUGAUGUCUUAUUGGGAAGCGCCACUCUAGAAAUUAAAGAGACUCUCAAAGCAAACAAUAUGAAACUUGAACAAGUGGUGGUGAAUAUGAUGCUUAUUGGUGACAAAGAAUCAACUGACGGGAUUGGAGAGUUGUCUGUCUGUUUAGAUGGCAUGCAGGUAGAUCCUGAGCUGCUGAGUAAUGGUGAUGCUUCAAGUAGAAGAAGUCCUGUGCAGAAUGAUGGCUCCAGGGCAAAAAAUGAAACAAGGAACAAUACAAAUGGUCCUGAAAGCUGUGAGUCUCCCGGGUCUAGUGACAGCAGAGCAUCUAAUGGCAAUGAUUCUCCAUUAAUUGCAAAUGGCGGUUGUAAGCCUGCUAGACCACCUAGACCAUCUCGGCCACCUCCACCUACUCCACGUAGACCCUCUGCUCCACCUGCAUGUGUCAAUGGUACUUCCUCCACAGAAUCAGAAGGGGCUAGUGCAGGAUUGGUGCCAACUACAAGUUCAGCAUCGGAACAAAACUCAGAGGGAGCAACAGCAGGAACGGGUGCUCCUGCAGCAGCUGCUUUGGCCACACCACCAAUAUCCAGACAAGUUCAGCCAGUAACUCCAGCUUCACAGCCACAUCACACAGUUAAUCAAGGUCCCCUUCCACCUGGCUGGGAACAACGAGUGGAUCAACAUGGCCGAGUAUAUUACGUAGAUCAUGUUGAAAAAAGAACUACAUGGGAUAGGCCAGAACCUCUUCCCCCAGGCUGGGAACGUCGAGUUGACAACAUGGGGCGGAUUUACUAUGUUGACCAUUUCACCAGAACAACAACCUGGCAGCGGCCAACUUUGGAAUCUGUCCGGAAUUAUGAACAGUGGCAACUUCAGCGCAGCCAGCUUCAAGGAGCUAUGCAACAAUUUAACCAGAGGUUUAUAUAUGGGAAUCAAGACUUCACACAGAACAAAGAAUUUGAUCCUCUUGGUCCCCUGCCACAUGGAUGGGAAAAGAGAACAGACGCCAAUGGCAGAGUAUAUUUUGUCAAUCACAAUACACGCAUCACACAGUGGGAAGAUCCCAGAAGCCAAGGUCAAUUAAAUGAGAAACCUUUGCCAGAGGGCUGGGAGAUGAGAUUCACUGUAGAUGGAAUUCCAUAUUUUGUGGAUCACAAUAGAAGAACAACUACCUAUAUCGAUCCUCGUACUGGGAAAUCGGCUCUAGAUAAUGGACCCCAGAUAGCAUAUGUUCGUGAUUUCAAAGCAAAGGUCCAAUACUUCCGGUUUUGGUGUCAGCAAUUGGCCCUGCCCCAGCACAUUAAAAUCACAGUGAGCAGAAAAACAUUGUUUGAAGAUUCAUUUCAGCAGAUAAUGAGCCUCAGCCCUGCGGACCUACGAAGACGUUUGUGGGUCAUUUUCCCUGGAGAAGAAGGAUUAGAUUAUGGAGGUGUUGCACGGGAAUGGUUCUUUCUGUUGUCGCAUGAAGUGCUGAACCCAAUGUAUUGCCUGUUUGAAUAUGCAGGAAAGGAUAACUACUGCCUACAGAUAAAUCCAGCUUCUUACAUCAAUCCAGACCACCUGAAAUACUUCCACUUUAUUGGCAGAUUUAUUGCCAUGGCUUUAUUCCAUGUGAAAUUUAUAGACACGGGUUUUUCUCUACCAUUCUACAAACGUAUCCUCAACAAGCCAGUAGGACUAAAGGAUUUAGAAUCUGUAGAUCCUGAGUUUUACAACUCACUCAUCUGGGUAAAGGAAAACAAUAUUGAGGAAUGUGGCCUAGAGAUGUAUUUCUCAGUUGAUAAGGAAAUUCUAGGUGAAAUAAAGAGCCAUGAUUUGAAACCCAAUGGCAGCAACAUCCUGGUUACUGAGGAAAACAAAGAGGAAUACAUUAAGCUGGUUGCAGAGUGGAGACUUUCCCGGGGUGUUGAAGAGCAGACACAAGCUUUCUUUGAAGGUUUCAAUGAGAUCUUGCCACAGCAGUACUUGCAGUACUUUGAUGCAAAAGAGCUUGAGGUGCUUUUGUGUGGAAUGCAAGAGAUUGACUUGACUGACUGGCAAAGGCAUACCAUCUACCGACAUUAUACCAGAACAAGCAAGCAAAUAAUGUGGUUUUGGCAGUUUGUGAAGGACAUAGAUAAUGAGAAGAGGAUGAGACUACUACAGUUUGUUACUGGAACAUGCCGAUUACCAGUUGGAGGAUUUUCUGACCUCAUGGGGAGUAAUGGACCCCAGAAGUUUUGUAUUGAGAAAGUUGGCAAAGAAAACUGGUUACCUAGAAGCCAUACCUGUUUCAACCGCUUGGACUUGCCACCAUACAAGAGUUAUGAACAACUGAAGGAAAAGCUGUUGUUUGCAAUAGAAGAAACAGAAGGAUUUGGGCAAGAAUAACAAUUGGGGAGAAUUUGCACCUGAAGAACGUUAAGUCAUAUAUGGUGUGAGUUCUUCACUGCCUCUGCUAGUUGCACUUCUUACUGUAAACAGGACUUGACCUUGAUUUAUUUAAACAAUUGCUAGUGUGUAAGUAAAUGGAUGUUAUCCUGCCAUUUUAUUCCCACUAAUUAUUGAUUUCUCCUGAGUCCCUUUGCGAAAUCCAAGAAUGAUACAACUAUAAAUGAAAUCUUCCCUAACCAGAGGCUUCCUGUACUUCUGGGAUUCUGUCCUGGGUCAUGUUCAUUAACUGGAAUGUGUUCUUGACUUUUUUAAAAAAGUUACUCUGUUAUAGUAGCAUCUUUUUGCUGCUGCACCACCCAUCCUAUUGCUAACAGUGCUUCCUUGCAAUCAGACUCCGGAGGUGCUGUAAACAGAUCCAUUGCUUAUGUUAACUGUUUCUUACCCAAGUGAGAUCUAACUGUGUUUGCCUUCCAAACUUUAUUCCCGCAUCACCUCAGUUCAAGCUGCAGAGUAGGACCUGAAAAGCUAAUGCACACUUACAGAGCAUAGCACUUUUAUUUAUUUAACCAUGAUGAUCACAUUCCUCAGGUUUAUCACUACAUUUGAAUGUGCUUCUUCAAAUUCAUAGGAAUUUUAACUUAUUCUUGACUAAUUCUCAACUUUAGGAGUGAAUUUAAAAGAGAAUACAAGGUCUCUUUAAAAGGCAGCAGCUGGAAUUCAUUUCCAGUCCUGUUUGUAGGAGAAUGCCUGAAAUGAACAACUCUUGUUUUCCUCUGAACGAGGGAAUAUCACUUCCAAGUAGUGGCUGAAUCAUUGCCAUGAAACCGCCACUUUAAUUUCUCUGGGGCUGCAAUCCUGUGCACAUUUGCUUGGAAGUGAACCUCACUGAGCACAGUGAAACUUACUUCUGAGUCAA